GUAAUUACGGGGCUUUGAGUCACUUCCGCUACUAAAACACAACCGAAACAGGAAGCGUGUUGCCGACUGACUAGAAUUUUUAUUUCUUUGCAAUUGUGCAUUUGACGUUCAAGAAUCAAGAUGACUGACCGCGAAAACCGUGUCCAAUGGGCCAAGUUGGCCGAACAAGGUGAGAGGUUCGAUGACAUGGCAAAAGCAAUGCGCGAAGUCGUUGAAAUGCUCGAUAAAGAGGAAAAUGGCGAACUAAGUGUGGAAGAGAGGAAUCUGCUGUCUGUUGCGUACAAGAACGUGGUUGGUGCCAGACGUUCUUCUUGGCGAAUGUUCUCGAUGAUCGAGGCAAAAGAGAAGGACUCUGAUUCUCUGAAAGCUCAGCUGACAAAGAAAUUCCGCGAAAUAAUCGAGCAAGAGCUGGAUAAAAUCUGCGGCGAGGUAUUGGAGCUUUUGGAAAAAUACCUUAUUCCGAAGUCAACGUCGAGUGAAAGCCAAGUGUUCUACCUUAAAAUGAAGGGAGAUUACUUCCGGUAUAAGGCUGAGUAUACUCAUGAGGAUUUGAAGCAGAAAGUCCAAGAUGAGGCUGAGAAGGCAUACAUCGCUGCUAUGGAUACAGCAAAGGAGAAGAUGCCACCAACCCAUCCUAACCGAUUAGGCUUGGCUUUGAACUUUUCUGUGUUCUACUAUGAAAUUCAAAAUGCUCCCGAUAAGGCCUGCCAUCUUGCCAAGGGCGCUUUCGAUGAUGCUAUUGCCGAGUUAGAUAGUUUAGACCAAGAAUCCUACAAAGACAGUACGUUGAUAAUGCAAUUAUUACGGGAUAACCUUACUCUCUGGACAUCCGAUGCACAGCAAGAUGAUCAGCAAGUGGAAAACUGAAAAAAUCAUAGACUCGCUUUGUAAGACAGUCUGAAUGAAAAACUAACAGUGGUGAAAAACUCUUGUUAACAAAAAAUGUGAUCUUAAUUGAACGGGUUUUUAAAAUCUUCCUUGACUUGUUAAAUUUGGUGUAGUCGUUUAAAAUUCAAUCAUGAUAUAACGUAUGACGGUAUCGGGUUGUAUGAUGAAGAACAAAUAUGUGCUUUUCAAUUUUUGCAUGUUGUGCUUUGCAUUUCUUAUAUUUAAUUAUUCAUUUUUAAUAUUAAAACUACCACUUUACAAAAAAAAUAAGUUAGCUGCUUAACAUUUGUCAGUCUGAUAUACUUUUCUCAACUGAAAUGGGAUAUGAUCAAACUUUAAUUACCAGUUUAAUAUCAAGAUAUUUAGAUGUAAAAGAAUGUCUUAGUUGGUUUUCAUUGAAGGCUGUUGUCUUGUUGUUCAUUGUUUCCAAUACACACACAUUUAUUGAAUGUCCAGAAUGUCUUGUGAUCUGUGUAUAUAUUAUGUAAUGAUUCAUUUUCAACAGCAUAUUAGUCCGUUAAAGAAAGAGGUACUUGUCUUUUCUGUGAUAUUAAUUUUUCAAUUCUUCAGGAAAUCUCAUUUCCAGUUAAGUUUCUAUUGGUUAAUUUGUCACUGAUUUGUUUUUUUAAAUCACACACAUCUCUUUUUACAAGUGCUUUGUUAUUUAAUAUAAAAUCAAGUAAAGCUCUUCAAUGUGCUAUAUUAAACAUGUUAAGAACUUGUUUGUGUUGUUUUCGUGCCAACAGUAUAUGACCUAUAUGUUGUGCUUAAUAACAUUUUAUGUUGUCAGUUUUAUAAGUUUUGAAGCCAUUUCAAUAUUUUGAAAUGCAUUGCUUGAUGUAGUUGUCAUGUGAAUAGAAUUUCUUUAUAGAUCAUUUCAGUGAAAUUUUCAGUUGUUUAUCAGAUGUUAAAUACUUGCUUACAAUAACUUAAUUUUAUAUUUUUAUAAUGUUGAAAGUAAAGUUCAUAAUUUGAAGAGAAACCAAAUUUGUUUAUGUUGCUGUUUAUUUAAUAGAACCAUUGUUUUUUUUGUAUGCUUCAUAGAGACACUAGCAGCAUAUAUUGUUUCCAGUUUGGUCACUCAUUUAGCAAAUCUUAAAAUUAAAUGGUUAACACUU